UUGGGGUGAGAUCAAUGGAUUCAGGAAGCGGUAGAAAUUUGGAGAAUACAGUGAAGAGAAUCUAUCAUGAUCAGCUUGUUCCAAAGAUAAACACAAGCAAGAAAAUGUCCACCUUAGCAAAUUCACCUAACAGCCUGGAGGUGCCACCAGAGAUGAAGAAAAGCUGCGGAGAGAAACAAGUAGAAAUCACAGCUGAAAGAAUAAAAAUGGCAAAGAGCAUCAAAGAAAAACAAAAUAAUGAUUUAGAGAAAGUGGCCUUUAAACGGAAGGCAGAAGGUGAAGAAAAGCCAGUGGGAAAGAAAGAGGCAAAGAUACUCGAACUUGACARUCAGUUAAUCACCAUGCCUCUGCCUCACAUCCCCUUAAAGAACAUAAUGGAUGUGGAGAUGAAGUUGGUCUACAUUGAUGAAGAGGACGUGAGCUAUGAGUUUGUGGAGUCCUUCAUGUCCACUGGGAUUCAGCCAGCAUGCCAAGCUACUGAAAUAGUAGACCCUUUGAGUGUACCUAAUUUCAGCUUUCUGCCUCAGAUUGACAAAUGGCUUCAGGUAGCCUUAAAGGAUGCCAGCUCUUGCUAUAGACAAAAGAAAUACGCCGUGGCAGCGGGACAGUUCAGAACAGCACUUGAGCUUUGCAGCAAAGGGGCAGCUCUGGGAAAACCUUUUGAAUCAUCUGCUGAAGAUAUAGCAAGCGUGGCAAGUUUCAUUGAGACAAAGCUUGUUACCUGCUAUCUUCGGAUGAGGAAACCUGACCUUGCUCUGAAUCAUGCACACAGGAGUAUUGUUCUAAACCCAGCCUAUUUCCGAAACCAUCUUCGUCAAGCAACAGUGUUUAGAUGUCUGGAGAGAUAUUCAGAAGCUGCCCGGAGUGCCAUGAUUGCUGACUACAUAUUCUGGCUCAGAGGAGGAAGUGACCAGUGUGUAAGCAAGCUCAUCAAGCUGUAUUGGCAGGCCAUGAUUGAAGAAGCCAUCACCAGAGCUGAAUCUUUCUCAGUUAUGUACACACCAUUUGCAACAAAAAUAAGAGCUGAUAAAAUAGAAAAAGUAAAAGAGGUUUUCACAAAAACUCAUCCUGCGUAUGUAGAGUACAUCUACACAGACCUUCAAGGACUCCACCUGUUGCCUCAGACCGCUGACUGGUCAUCAUUUCCUCCUCAACAAUAUCUCUUGACUCUUGGUUUCAAAAACAAAGAAGAUGGGAAAUUUUUGGAAAAAAUAUCAAGUAGGAAACUUCCAACAUUUACAGAACAUAAAACUCCUUUCGGUCUGCUGACCAAAGAAGACACAGUGAGACACAUGGAGACGAUGGGGAAGCGAAUCUUGCCGAUAUUGGAUUUUAUUAGAGGCACCCAAUUGAAUGGGAGCAUGUGUGCGUGCUCGGGCGUGAUGGAGAAGUUGCAGUACGCCAGCCUCCUCAGCCAGCUGCAGAGAGUAAAGGAGCAGUCCCAAGUGAUUAAUCAAGCAAUGGCAGAGCUAGCAACCAUUCCCUAUCUACAGGACAUCAGUCAACAGGAGGCGGAAUUGCUGCAGUCGCUAAUGGCAGAUGCUAUGGACACCCUUGAAGGAAGAAGAAGCGAUAAAGAACGUGUGUGGAAUACAAUCCAAAAGAUUGGACGAAUUGAAGAUUUUCUAUACCAGUUAGAGGACAGUUUCUUAAAGACUAAAAAGCUGAGAACUGCUCGAAGGCAAAAAACAAAAAUGAAACGGCUUCAAACGGUGCAGCAAAGCUAGUCACUAAGGAGCAGGCCUCACCAUCAGACGUCCCAGGGAAAGAGACCAGGGUGUCCACCCAGCCCGACU